GCGACUGGGCGGAGCCAGGGGCCUCCGACGGCGGGAGGACAGCGCUGCGAGGAGGCGCCCGGGACAGUCAUGGAGCGCCGCGUGGGAGUGAGGGCCUGGGUGGAGGAGAACCGGGGCUCCUUCCAGCCCCCCGUCUGCAACAAGCUCAUGCACCAGGAGCAGCUCAAAGUCAUGUUCGUUGGAGGCCCCAAUACCAGGAAGGACUAUCACAUCGAAGAGGGUGAAGAGGUAUUUUACCAGCUGGAGGGAGACAUGGUUCUCCGAGUCCUGGAGCAAGGCAAACACCGGGAUGUGGUCAUUCGGCAGGGAGAGAUAUUCCUCCUGCCUGCCAGGGUGCCCCACUCACCACAGAGGUUUGCCAACACCGUGGGGCUGGUGGUUGAGCGAAGGCGGCUGGAGACCGAGCUAGAUGGUCUUAGGUACUAUGUGGGCGACACCAUGGACGUUCUGUUUGAGAAGUGGUUCUACUGCAAGGACCUCAGCACGCAGUUGGCCCCCAUCAUCCAGGAGUUCUUCAGCUCUGAGCAGUACAGAACAGGAAAGCCCAUCCCUGACCAGCUUCUCAAGGAGCCACCAUUCCCUCUGAGCACACGAUCCAUCAUGGAGCCCAUGUCCCUGGAGGCCUGGCUGGACAGCCACCGCAGGGAGCUGCAGGCAGGCGCACCACUCAGCCUGUUUGGGGACACCUAUGAGACCCAGGUGACUGCCUAUGGGCAAGGCAGCAGCGAAGGCCUGAGACAGAAUGUGGACGUGUGGCUGUGGCAGCUGGAGGGCUCCUCGGUGGUGACAAUGGGGGGAUGGCACCUGAGCCUGGCCCCUGAUGACAGCCUCCUGGUGCUAGCUGGGACCUCGUAUGCCUGGGAGCGAACACAAGGCUCUGUGGCCCUGUCUGUGACCCAGGACCCUGCUUGCAAGAAGCCCCUGUGGUGACCCUGUUGCCAUGGCCUGAAGCAGCCACAGGUGUGCCUUGCAAGCACCCUCGCGUGCCAUCCCUGCCAAACAACUCUCCCAGCCCCACCGCUUGUCUGUGUACUGCUGCUGUGUCCCCCACAGACCUGGACAUUGUUGUCACCCACCCUCCUGCCUUUCUCAGCCCAGAUGCCACGCCCCUGAGCGGGCAGCAACUCCCUGUCUUCUCCAGCAGCCUCAGCCUACUGCCUUGCCAGUCUUACCAGGUGGUCUACUCCUGGCCCAGCUCCUGACCAUUCCUCUGUCCCUGUAGACUCAGUGCAGCACUUCCCCGCCAAGAAGGCCCUCAAUAAAGGCUUCCUGGUGAACGCA